CACGACAGCAGACCUUUUCAAUCUAUUCGACUCAAUUAAAUUACACAUGCAUGCAAGCAUUACACGAACGGGUUUCCAGCGGUGUUACGGGGGCAACUGAAAUGUUGAUAUAAUGUAUACAGAACGCGAAAUAAUCCACGUAGGCUUGCAAAACGUGUAACCCCUUCGAGCACCGCAACGCUCCACCUCGCCGCCUCGCUGCUUAUUUAUUUGAUUUUCGCCGGAGGCUCGGUCUCCUUUAAAUAGCCGACGGAGUUAAUUAAUUAAAUUCAAAAGCUUGCAUCUAACCGAAGCAUUAUUCCAGCCGCAUCUAUCUUGUACGCUGGGAACGAGGAUGGCAGCUCCGUCCAAAGCCGAGCGCGAGAAUGAGGGCUCUUCUAGGCAAAGACGCAUCACCAACGCAACCAACUGCCAUUUCAGCCGCCGCAGCUCAUAGCAGCCUUCCAUUUUUAAACUCCACAAAUCCUUGUUUCACAUUCAUGUUUUUAAGGACCGCCUGUAUGUCUUCUUGAUUUUAAUUAUCGAAUGCGCAACUUGUCCGCCCCUAAUCGUAGCUGUGCUGGGAAUGAUAUCACGCCAAGAUGGUCCGCAUAGUUAGCGCGCUGGGUUUGGUCAUGUUCAGCGUCGCUUUGCUGAUUUUAUCGUUGAUAAGCUACGUGUCAAUAAAAAAAGAUUACAUCUUCACUACGCCCAAAUAUGCAAAUUCGGGGGGACCGCGAAUGUAUAUGUUUCAUGCUGGAUUUCGCUCCCAGCUGGCCAUGAAGGUACUGGACCCAUCCUUUAUCCCGCUCACCAAUGCCCUCAAUGAGGAACUGCAUGAGAAGUCGUCCAAAUGGAAGUUCAACAGGACAGCUUUCAUACAGCAAAGGAAAGAGAUCUCCAACUACAUCGACGUGCCCAGCAACUUCACCCUGAUCAAGAGCAGCGUCCGCGUGGGCCAGCUGAUGCACUACGACUACUCCAGCCACAAGUACGUCUUCUCCAUCGGGCAGAACUUCAUGUCGCUGCUGCCCGACUCCUCGCCCAUCCCCGACAGGCGCUUCAAUGUGUGCGCUCUGGUGGGCAACAGCGGCAUCCUGACGGGCAGCCGCUGCGGGCCCGAGAUCGACCGCUCCGACUUCGUCUUCCGCUGCAACUUCGCCCCCACCGAGGUCUUCCACAAGGACGUGGGCCGGCGCACCAACCUCACCACCUUCAACCCCAGCAUCCUGGAGAAGUACUACAACAACCUGCUGACCAUCCAGGACCGCAACAACUUCUUCCUCAGCCUGAAGAAGCUGGACAACGCGCUGCUCUGGAUCCCCGCCUUCUUCUUCCACACUUCCGCCACCGUCACACGGACGCUGGUCGACUUCUUUGUGGAGCACAAGGGCCAGCUGAAGGUGCAGCUGGCCUGGCCGGGCAAUAUCAUGCAGUACGUCAAUAGGUACUGGAAGACCAAGCAGCUGUCCCCGAAGCGGCUGAGCACGGGCAUCCUCAUGUACACGCUGGCCUCGGCCAUGUGCGAGGAGAUCCACCUCUACGGCUUCUGGCCCUUCGGCUGGGACCCCAACACGGGCAAGGAGCUGCCCUAUCACUACUACGACAAGAAGGGCACCAAGUUCACCACCAAGUGGCAGGAGUCCCACCAGCUGCCGUCCGAGUUCAAGCUGCUCUACAGGAUGCACGCGGAGGGCCUCCUCAAGCUCAGCCUGUCGCACUGUGCGUGACGUCGGGGUGGGGGAGGUGUGUGUGGGGGGGGCAGGCA